AUGUUUCUUAAGUUUUUGUGUGUAUUCUUAUUAACAAUAUAUGUUGCUAUUAUAAAAAUAAAUACAUCUUUAUCAUCAAAUAUAAGAAGAAAGUUAUUUUUUAACUCAUGUAAAAAUUAUAAACUUUCAAAAGGGAGUAUUUUUAAUUAUAAUUUUAUUUUAAAUAAGUUGUUAAUAAAAAAUGUAAAGAGUAUACAUAAAACGAAAAUUAAGAAUCCAUUUUUGGAUUCACAUUUUCAGUAUAAUCCUAAUAUAAAUGCCUUAGAAAAUAUAAUAAAUAAUAGAAAUAAAAAAUUAAAUUAUAUUCACUUAUACAAUGAUUAUAAGAAUGGAUGUAUAUUAAAUAAGGUAAAUAGAAAUGUAAAUCAAAAAAUUUAUACAAGGAAAGAAGAUGAAUAUAAAAGAAAAAGUAAUUUAAGUGAAAAAUAUGACUCAAAUAACACUGAAAAAAAAAAUAAUAUUAUGAAAAAAGAUAUAAAUAAUAGAUAUAUCAGCAAGAAGGAAGUAAAUCGUGACAAAUUAUUAAAUAGAAUAAAUGAUUUAAAGAUAAAAGAUAAUAAAACAAACGAAAUAGAAAAUAAUUUGAAAAAUGCAAAUGAUAAUCAACAAAAUAUGGAUUUAAAAAUAAAUUCAAAAGAAAAAAUUAAUAAAAAUGUGAAUCCAAGCCAAUUAAACAAUGCUAAUAAUAAUGAUAGAAUCAAACCUUAUAAUUAUAAAUAUAAUUAUACACACAAUAAUAAUUAUAAUAACAAUAACGACAUCAUUAAGUAUACCAAUGAUAAUAAUGAAAAUAUGAAGAGUAACAAAGAUAUAAAUAAUGGAGAACAUAAUCCAUCUAAUACAUAUUAUAAAAAGAAUUCAAAUAAUAAUAUAAAAUUAGAUUCAAUUUAUACUAAUAAAAAUGAAAUGAGUCUAAAUAAAGUAAAUAGAAAUUUAAUUAAUAAUGAAAAUAACAUAAAAGAGGAAACAUUAAAAAAUAAAAAGUUAAAAGAUUUGAAGUUUGAUGAAAAUAUGGGAAAGACAUUUGAAGGAUAUGUUUACAAUGUUAACAAAAAUGUUGCUUGUAUAAAAAUAUCAGAUCUUAAUAAAUUUGGAUUAUUAUUUAAAAAUAAAUCAAAUCUUGGUGAAGAUAUAGAUGAUAUGAAUAAUUUUUUCGAAGUAAAUCAAAAAGUCUUUGUUAAAAUUUUGGGUAUAAAUAUAAGAAGCAAAAUGUAUUAUUUAGGUAAUAUAAUUAAAUAUAAUGAAAAUAUAAAAUUAAAAAGGGGAGAAUGCUCAAAAGGAUUAAUAACAAAAAUAUGUGAAUCCUACUGUUUUAUUAAGAUAUUAAGAAAUGGAAGUAGUGGUUAUUUGCAUAAAUCAAAAUUAUUUGUAUCCAAUGUGAAUAAUAAUUUAGAAAGUUUAUCCAAUUUAAUAGGAUCAAAAAAAGAUAAAAUAAUUAAUAACAAAAAUAAUUUAGUUAAAUUUCAUUUUACAAAUAUUUUUAAAAUAUGGGAUAUAAUAGAUGUACAAGUUUUGGGAGAAUCUGAUAACUCUUUUAAAUCAAAUUAUGUUUUAACUAUACCGAAAACAUCAGAAACAUUUAAAAAAAUAAUACAUUCUUUAAAUCUUGAUGGUGAAAAUAAAGAAAACCAAUACAAUGAUAAUAACAAUAAUAAUUUAAAAGAUGAAAAUGAAUUAAAGAAUAUAAACUCAAUUUAUAAUGAUAAAAAAAAAAGUACAAGAAAAAAAGAUAAAUUAAUCGAUCAAAUAGAAUACCAACAUACAAAAAAUCAUAAUUAUCUAAAAAAAAAUAGAGAACCAUUUGAUAAAUUAAAUAAAAACUCAAAACAGUAUCAAUUACCUGAAAAUAUUACCAUAUCCUUAUUAUCAAAAACAAUUAAAAUUUCUUUAUCAUCUAUAAAAAAGUUUUUUGUAAUCAAUGAAAAUAAAGAAUUUAAUUCAAAUUUUAAGUUGAAUAGUGAGCAAAUAAAAAAGGUAUGUGAAUAUUUUAAUAUUAAUUGUAAUAUUCAAGAUAAAAAUAAUUUUAGUGAUAUAAGAGAUACCGUAGAUCAUAAUUAUAAUGAAAUAAAUGCAAUUCAUGAAACUAACCAAAAUUUUAAAGAUAAGAUAUAUAUAAAUCAAAUUAAUAAAAAUGAUAUAUACAAAAGUAAAAUUGACAAAGAUAAAAAUGAUAAUAUUAUAAUUGAUGAAAAAGAAACUGAUAAAAAUGAUAAUGAUUAUAUCAUAAUUAAUAAAAAUGUUAAAGAUAAAAUUGUAGAUGAUAAAAAUAUUGAAAAUAAAAUUAUUAUUGAUAAAAAAGAGAAAGAUAAAAAUAGUGAAAAUAAAAUUAUAGAUGAUAAAAAAGAGAAAGAUAAAAAUAGUGAAAAUAAAAUUAUAGAUGAUAAAAAAGAGAAAGAUAAAAAAAUUAAAAAUAAAAUUAUGGUUAAUAAAAAAGAAAAGGAUAAAAAUAUUGAAGACGAAAUUUUGGUUAAUAAAAAAGAGAGGAAAAAAAAUAUUGAAGAAAAAGUUAUAAAUGAUGAAAAAGAGAAUGAUAAAAACAUUAAAAAUGAAAUUAUAGUUGACAGAAAAGAGAAAAAUAAAAAUAGUGAAAAUAAAAUUAUAGUUGACAGAAAAGAGAAAAAUAAAAAUAGUGAAAAUAAAAUUAUAGUUGAUAAAAAAGAGAAGGAUAACAAUACUGAAGACGAAAUUAUGGAGAAUAAAAAAGAGAAAGAUCAAAAUAUUGAAGAUAAAAAAGAAAUUGAUAAUGGAAAAAAAUGUGAAGUAAAUGUUAUCCAUAAAAAAUUAAAGAACAAAGAAAAAAAAAAAAAUAAUAAUUUAACAGAUAUAUUAUCUAAAGAUAAUGAUUUAAAAAAAGGUAAUAAAGAUAAUUCAUGUAUUAAAAAAAGAAAUGUAGUAGUUACGUUUAUUGGGCACAUUAACCAUGGAAAAACAUCCUUAUUUGAUUACAUAUGUAAAACAGAUGAGAGAAAUAAAGAAUAUGGAUUAAUUACACAAAAUAUAAGAGCAUUUAAAGCUACAGUAAAAGAUGAAUACACUUUUACUUUUAUUGAUACUCCGGGUCAUGAAGCAUUCAUGCCUAUAAGAAGUAGAGGUGUAAAAAUAUCUGAUUUAAGUAUUUUAGUUAUAUCUGGUGAGGAAGGAAUACAAGAACAAACCAUCGAAUGUAUAAAAUUAAUAAAAGAAUUUAAUAUAAAAAUUAUUAUUGCUAUUACAAAGGUUGAUCUAACAAAUGUAUAUGUUGAUAGGAUUAUAGAUGAUUUGCUGUAUUAUGGAAUUUCAACUGAAUUAAAUGGAGGGGAAAUUCAAGUAAUUGAAUGUUCAAUAUUCAAAGAUGAAUCAAUAAAUAAAUUAUUAGAUGCUAUUUCUUUAGAAUCUGAAUUUAUUAAUUUAGAUAUAAAUAAUAAUGAACAAGCUAGUGGAGUAAUUUUAGAUUCAUACAUUGAUAAAACUGGUAUAGUAUCAGUAAAUUUAUUACAAAGUGGAACAUUAAAAGUAAAUGACUAUUUUUAUACAGGUUUUUCUUAUGGGAAAAUUAAAGUCUUAAAAGACCAUUUAAAUAGAAAUAUUAAAUGUGCAUAUUCAUCAGAUCCUAUAAAAGUUAUCGGAUAUAAUAAGAAUUCGUUACCCAAAGCUGGAGAUAAAUUUUUCGUUGUUGAAAAUGAAUCCAUAGCUAGAGAAAUUGCAGAACAUAACAAAAAUGAAAUGUUAUCUAUUGAAAUGAAUAAUUUUAAUUAUGGAGGAGAAAACUUAGACAUUUACGAAAAUUUUAUUUUACCUAAUGAAAAUAAAAGUAAUACCACAAUAUUAUUAGAUGAAAAUAAAAGUAAUGAACAGAAUGAUAUAACAGCUAAAAAUAUAAAUAAUAAUGUUAAUAGUAAUAUAAAUGAAAAAAAUACUAUUUUAAAUUCUGAAAGAGAUAAUUCAAAUAAAGAUGAACAUAAAUUAAAUAACAUCAGUUCCAUUUAUACAAAUUCAUUAACAAGUUGCAUCUUAAACGAUAAUGAUAAAUCGUUAUAUAAAAGCAAUUUAAAAAAUAUAUACGUAAAUUAUUUUAUUAAAUGUGAUAAACAAGGAACUAUCGAUGUUUUAAAAAACUCAAUUUUAAAAUUGGAAAAAGAAGACUCAAUUUAUAAAGUAAAGAAUAAAAUUGUAUAUGCAAAUAUUGGAGAUAUUUCAUCCAGUGAUAUAAAUUAUGCAGUAAGCUUUAAUGCGAUUAUAAUUGGUUUCAAUGUUAAAAUUUCAAAAAACAUAGGAAAAAAUUUCAAAAAACCUCCAUGUAAAAUUCUUUUUUCUAAUGUUUUAUAUGAAUUAAUUGAAAAAAUAGAAGAGGAAAUGAAAAAUAGAUUAAGCGUUAAACCAAACGGGAAUUUAGUUGGAGAAGCUAAAAUAUUAAAAGUAUUCAACAUAUCUAAAUUAGGUAAAGUAGCAGGCUGUGUUGUUACUAGCGGUUAUAUUAAUAAUAAUAGUAAUGUAAGAAUUUUAAGGAAUGAUAAAGUAAUAUAUAUGGGAAAACUGAUUUCCCUUAAAAUUAUUAAAGAAGAAAAAACUCAAGUAGUGAAAAAUGAUGAAUGUGGAAUGGGAUUUGAAAAUUUUGUAGAUUUUUUACCUGAUGAUAUAAUUGAAUCUUAUGAAGAAUAA